AUGGAACAAUAUCUGAAGUCCACAUGGAACGCUGGCAGCGCCGAUUACGUGCCUUCAUAUAACGACGUCCUGCCCGCCCCACCGAUGGAAGAUCAGCUCCUUGUGAAGGCUGGGCCCAACGCCCCGGCGCGACCGCUACACAUGUUUAUGGCCCCCCUGACGCUCGACUCCAUGCCUGUGUCACCACCACCGUCCAAGCGGAUAGACAUGCGCCUCGCUCAGCCCGGAACAGAAGAGUCAAAGCCAGGAUACUUGACACCUCUAGCCCAGUACACAGCGCAAACUUUUUGGUACUUCUGGUACGCCGACAUCAAGCCUAACGAUGCCUCGUCACGGAGGUUCAGCGACAGCAGCUUAUCGGACGCGGCUCCGUUCGACCUUGAGGGUCGUCCGCAACAUCCGAUACAGUCUGGCGUUCACUCGAACCAGCUGCAGCCGAACCUGACGUUCUGCCAGUUUGUCUUCUCCGCUCUUCAUUCGACGCAGAUCUCCUUCAGUGUCACGAUUCUGGCUCUGAUGUACACCUACAAGUACAAGAAGAUUGUGUCGGAGGGUAAGCGACAGCCCUACAAGCACGAGGUCUCCGAAGCUCAGGGCUUCAUCACCGGCCUCAUGCUUGCCAACAAGUACUUGGACGACAACACGUACACGAACACGACAUGGGCGCAGUUCCUCGGAAUCCCCGUCAAGGACGUCAACGAGUACGAGCUUGAGUGGCUUGACGCUCUCGAGUUCAACUUGUGUGUUACGAUCGAGGACUUUGAGCUCUGGCGGUCCAUGCUGGACGCCCAUAUCCGGUGUCGCCAGCGCCUGGGAGGAGACGGACUGAACACCUCGCCCUUCAGCGCUGGACAGCCGUUGGGUCGAGCUCGAUCUGCGUCGCCGCCUCUACUGUACGACGUCCACGGACAGGCCCAGGGAGACAAUCUCGGCAAGCGCACCGCCCGCGACGCCUUCGCCACCGAUGUCCUCCACACGGCUGGCAUGUACGAGGCUGCCCGGUUGUGGCCAAAGAAGUCGACUUUCAACCCGCUCGCGCCCGCCUUCCCCAUGUCGACGACCGCUCUUCCCACUCCUGCUCCGGCCUCGGUCUCACCGAACGCCCCUGCUGUUCCCACUCUUGCGCGUUCCUCAUCGUUGAACCGCCAGAUCGCGCGGCUACCAACGGGACGGCGGGAAUCCUUCAGCAACGAGCUGCCGACGCAGCCGCAGAUGGAUCUCCGACACGCAGCCGCGGCUGCUACCGCCCAGAACUGGGGCUACCUGGGAACGAACCCCGCCGUCGACUUUGGCAAGCCGAAUGGUGCUGGAGGAUGGGGAGUCCCGGCACAGCCUCGACUCUAUUUCCUGCAAGCUGCCGCUACUCCUCAGUUCGGACCCGACGGCCGUUACCACAAGGCUAUCCCGCACUACUUUGACGCUCCUUACGGUUCGAUCUUCGAUCCACCUACUGCACAGGCACCCGCCGCCCCUCAAGCGCAGUAUGAGCCUGAGGCGCUCGACGGCACGCAGCAUCAGAUCAACCUUUCGUCCCCGACGAACGGAGCUCAACAGAUGGGCAUGGCAUCACAGCCGGCCUUCCCCGGCCAACAGGCCCAGCAAACGCGCUUCGGCAAUCCUCAGCCUGCACCUUUUGCGAAUGCUGGUCCGCCAGGGUACGCUUACGGAGCUCCCUCGACGUGGCUGCGACCCAUCCAGCCGCCUCAGCAGCACCAGCCGCAACCGCAGCAGCCGCUUCAGUCGCAGUGGCAACGAGCCUGGAAGCCAGGACACAACGCCCGGUGGUCGACGUGUUCCGACGACGGUUUCGUCCAGCAGCACCUGCGCCCUCCGCCAAUCUGCUCUUCGGCCGCCGAAUGGCCGACGCCAGUGUACGCCGCCUUCUAA